UCAACAUGGGCUCUCUGCUGUCGUACCAAGGGGGCAUCACUGUCCCGGCCUAUGCAGCAUCCAAGGGCGGCAUUGCCCAACUCACCAAGGCUCUCUCGAACGAGUGGGCGGCCAAGGGCAUCCGAGUCAAUGCUAUCGCACCAGGAUACAUCGACACGGACAUGAAUACCGCGCUGAUCCAGGAUCCGGUGCGGAGCGAGUCGAUUUCGGCUAGGAUUCCGGCCGGACGGUGGGGGAAACCGGAGGAUUUCAAGGGAAUUGCCGUGUUUCUCGCCAGCGAUGCCAGCGCCUAUGUCUCGGGGGAAAUGGUCAACGUUGACGGCGGUUGGAUGGGCAGGUAGAAAUCUGAAUCAG